CAAGGACGAGCGCAUUUCUUAUUGAGCGCAAUAACACAAGCGCACAUAACCAGCACAGCCUAAGUACCAGUUUCUCCUGCUUAUAGAAGAUUGAUUGAAUUGAUUUAAGCGCUUUAUAUAUCCUCAACCUCGUGGGAAUAAAAUGAAGGGCACUGGACACUGGAGCUUUGUUCCUGUGUUGCUGUUGUGUUUCCUGAACGUCUCACUUUCAGACUCUUUCCCAAAGGCUCAGAAUGUCACUUGGUUUUCUUUCAAUUUCAAGACGUUAUUAACGUGGAGACCGAAACCAACUAACUAUUCCUACACUGUGGAAUAUUCAAAACUUGGUGAGGACAAUCAAAGGGCCAGUCACUGCAUUCAGACGACAGAAACCGAAUGUGAUCUCACAGCUGUAUUCACAGAGCUAAAAAGCAAGUACAGUGCAGAUGUUCUGUCCGAAGCUUUGAAGGGCAUGUCCUCUGAUCUCAUUGAAUUCCCCCGCACAGCAUCUGAGCUCUUCUGCCCCUAUCAAGACACCAUCAUCGGCAGUCCUCAAUUUAAAUUUGAGACGAGGAAUGAGGAACGGAAGAUAAUCCUGAACAUAGACGAUAUCCCAACAGCAGUCUCUGAUGCACAGAAAAGGCAGCUAACGGUUCAGGAUAUAUUUCAAAAUGAUCUGCAAUACAAGGUCACUUACAGUAAAGCCAAGAGCUCUGGAAAGAAAGUGAAGAUAAGUACAAGCAGACAGAUAGAGCUGACAGAUCUGGACAGAGGAGAGAGUUACUGCUUCAAUGUGCAAGUCUUCCUUCCCUCCCGGAGCAUUAACAAACAACAUGGAGAGUUAAGUCAGGUUCAGUGCUCUUCAGGAGGGAACCCGUCUAUUUUAGAUGUUUACAGCCCUGCAGUAAUCGGUGGAGGUAUACUAUUCAUCGUUGCCAUUAUCUCAGCUGUGAUUGCUGCCAUAGUUAUUUGCAGCAAACAACGUCGGGAAGCAAAAACUAGAGAAAAGAGGGAGUACCUUUAAAGGGCGUGUGAGAACUUCUCUGCACUAAUAAACUCACACUCAUGGGAAAGCACGGUACAGAACUGGACUCACCCUUUCAAAGCACACUUAUUGCAACAAUACAGUGUAAAACUGUAAAUCAUGUAGUUUCUGUGAAACUAAACAAGAUCAACAUUACACAUAGAAUUUACUAACAGGUGUUUGCAGAUGUUCUUGUUUUUUUUCCAUCGGUACAUUCAAUCAUUGGGAUUAUCUACUGUACUUUAUAUUUAAUAAGCACUGCCUUUUGUAACAACAGAACUACUUUUAUAAUAGAUAUUUUAUUUUUCUAGCUUUAGAUAAGUGAUAUAUGUAUAUUAGUUUAUAGUAAAAUCAUAUUUAUUGUUUUAUUAUUGUUGUUUGCUGAUUGAGUAGAUGUAAAAUAUACAGUGGAGAGCUUUACAUUACAUAUAAACAUACAUACACUACACAAAUCUUUUGUUAGACAACUGGUGAAAAUCUGAAAUCUGUAGAAAAAGGUACAAAGCUUUUCAUUUCAUUUUGAACUUUGAAUAAAUUUUUCAAGAUCAUGUA